AUGAGGCCGUUUUCUCUCUUCACCAGCGCCAUGGCCGCGCUGUCGAGCGUCGCCCGCGCCGAGCUCAACCUCUCGGAGCCGCUGCGCUCCAAGCAGCUGCUCCCCAGCACAUUCACGCCCCCGCAGGUCUUCAAGAACGCCCAUCUGGUCAGGACAAGCAACCUGGACAAGGCGUACGCCCGCGAGACGGUCAACGUGCUCAUUGAAAACAUCGACGCGAAGCCGCAGUCCGAGUACUACGUGCCCUUCGACGCCAGCCUGCUGGCCAAGGUCGGCGGCUUCGAGGUGAGGGACAAGAAGAAGGCGGCGGCGGGCACCUUCAGGGCCGAGGUCGUGGGCCUCGAGCAGGGCAGCAGCACCGAGUUCUACCGCGUCCACCUGCCCGAGCCCCUCGCGCCCGGCGCCCAGCAGACCAUCAGCAUCUCGUACGCGGUGCUGUCGUCGCUCCACCCCGUGCCCGCGGAGCUCGCCCAGACGGCCAAGCAGUACCUCCAGUACUCGUUCAGCGCCUACGCGCCCUCGGCCUACCCCACCGACAAGCAGCGCACCAAGGUCAAGUUCCCCAGCGCCGACGUCACCGACUACACCACCCUGCCCGCCGAGCUCAACGACGAGGGCAAGACGGACCCCCAGAAGCAGGGCUCCACCUUCACCUACGGCCCGUACGCAAACGUCCCCGCCGGCGCCCACCAGCCCGUCAGCGUCCGCUACGAGUUCACCAAGCCCGUCGUCCACUCCACCCUGCUGGAGCGCGACAUCGAGGUCUCGCACUGGGGCGGCAACCUCGCGACCGAGGAGCGCUACUGGCUCGUCAACCAGGGCGCCGGCCUCAAGAACCACUUCUCCCGCGUCGAGUGGCAGAAGCAGUCGUACAUGAACCCGCCCACCUUUGCCCUCAAGGGCCUGAACCUGCCCCUCGCACCGGGUGCCGUCGACCCCUACUUCACCGACGACAUCGGCAACGUCUCCACCUCGCGCUUCCGCCCGGGCAACAAGGAGAACCUGCUCGAGCUGAAGCCGCGCUACCCCGUCUUCGGCACCUGGAAGUACAGCUUCCGCGUCGGCUGGAACGCAGACCUGUCGACCUACCUGCGCAAGCUGGCCAAGGCCGACACGUACGUGCUCAAGGUCCCCUUCCUCGAGGGCCCGCGCGCCGUCGAGGGCAUUUCCUACGGCCGCGUCAUCCUGCGCGUCAUCCUGCCCGAGGGCGCCACAAACGUCCGCUUCCACACCACCGUGCCCAUUGUCGACAACACCACCACCCUGCACAAGACCUUCAUGGACACCCUGGGCCGCACCACCCUCACCCUGACCGCCAUCAACCUCGUCGACGACUUCAGGGACAGGGACCUGCUCGUCACCUACGACUACCCCUGGGCUGCGGGCUACCGGAAGCCCGUCGUCCUCACCCUCGGCGCCUUUGCCGUCUUCGCCUUCAUCUGGGCCGUCGGCAGCAUCGACACGUCGAUUGGCAAGAAGAAGACGGCGUAG